GAACUCUGAGUCGAAAGUCCUAUAUAUUAUGUAUAGUACUAUAGUAAAUUAGUCGUAACCUAUAAAACUAUACGGCUUGCUACUCUGCAACUACUCCGAAAUUUGCGUUCCUUUGUAGUUGAAAGUUUAAAUAAUAAUUUUUUAUCUCAAAAAUGUCUAUUGAAAUAGAAUCAGCUGAUGUAAUACGACUUAUUCAGCAAUACUUAAAAGAGUCCAACCUUGUAAAAACUUUGCAAACUCUUCAGGAAGAAACUGGUGUUUCCUUGAAUACAGUCGACAGUGUUGAUGGUUUUGUAGCAGAUAUAAACAAUGGGCACUGGGACACAGUCUUGAAAGCUAUACAAUCGCUUAAAUUACCGGAUAAAAAGCUCAUUGAUCUGUAUGAGCAGGUUGUCUUGGAGUUGAUUGAAUUGAGAGAGCUUGGAGCAGCCAGAAGUUUAUUAAGACAAACUGAACCAAUGGUGAUGAUGAAGCAACAAGAGCCUGAAAGAUACAUUCAUUUAGAGAAUCUUCUGGCUCGAUCAUACUUUGAUCCUAGAGAGGCAUAUCCUGAUGGAAGUACAAAAGAAAAAAGGAGAGCAUACAUAGCAACUUCCUUGUCUGGAGAAGUGUCAGUAGUACCAUCUAGCAGAUUACUAGCGCUGUUAGGUCAAGCUUUAAAAUGGCAACAGCAUCAGGGAUUAUUACCACCUGGUACAACUAUUGAUUUGUUCAGAGGUAAAGCUGCAGUUCGUGAUCAAGAAGAUGAGAAAUAUCCCACACAGUUAUCCAAGCAGAUAAAGUUUGGAACAAAGUCUCAUGUUGAAUGUGCUAGAUUUUCACCGGAUGGUCAGUACCUUGUUACGGGAUCAGUUGAUGGUUUCAUCGAAGUAUGGAAUUUUACAACGGGUAAAAUAAGAAAGGAUUUGAAGUAUCAAGCACAAGACAACUUCAUGAUGAUGGAACAAGCUGUCUUGUCCAUGGCUUUCAGUAGGGACAGUGAAAUGUUGGCUGGUGGGGCACAAGAUGGUAAAAUAAAAAUUUGGAAAGUACAGAGUGGUCAGUGUUUAAGAAGAUUCGAAAAAGCUCACAGCAAGGGUGUUACUUGCUUACAAUUCAGCAGAGACAACAGUCAAGUACUGUCAGCAUCUUUCGAUGCUACAAUUAGAAUUCAUGGACUGAAGUCUGGCAAAACAUUAAAAGAAUUCAGAGGGCACACUUCUUAUGUUAACGAAGUCAUAUUUUCUUCUGAUGCCCACAGUAUUAUCAGCGCAUCUUCUGAUGGAACAGUCAAAGUCUGGAGUUUAAAGUCAACCGAAUGUACUGGUACAUAUAAGUCAUUGGGUGCUGCUGAUUUAACAGUGAACAGUGUGCAUUCGCUGCCAAAAAAUCCAGAACACUUUGUAGUUUGUAAUCGUUCCAACACAGUUGUAAUUAUGAAUAUGCAAGGUCAAAUAGUCAGGUCGUUUUCGAGCGGUAAACGAGAAGGCGGUGACUUUGUAUGUGCAGUUGUCUCUCCAAAAGGAGAGUAUAUUUAUUGUGUUGGUGAAGACUUUGUGCUUUACUGUUUCUCGACUACGUCUGGAAAACUCGAGAGGACUUUGAACAUCCACGAAAAGGAUGUUAUUGGACUUGCACACCAUCCUCAUCAAAAUUUGCUAUGUUCUUACAGUGAAGAUGGUCUUGUAAAACUUUGGAAGCCUUAAUUUAUUUAAAAAUUGUAAAGCUACGAACUAUGAAUUUCAUUGUAAAAUAUUAUAAAUGAUCGAUGGUGAAUUUUUCAUUGAUAUCAUCAAGUGCAUUAUGAAAACUGUAUGCUUUUUAAAGUAAUUUUCAUGAUUGAAAAAGAUAAAUAGCUUCGUAUUGUGACAAUCUAUUAAUUUUGUGACUACGCUGUAGAACAAGAUUGUUAAAACAGUGUUAUUAAUUAACGAUGCUACUUAGGUUUAUAAUGAUUAGUAAUAAUUGGUGUACAAAUAAAACUAUGAUGUGUAUUUAUAAGCUAGUGAGUAUAAAUAAGAAAUAACAUUUUAAUACGUUUGAAACAAAUUUAUAAAAUGAAUAAAAUACUUUAAAAAACUAAAAA